CAGCUGCGAAGUUUAGUGUAAACAUAACCUCAAUUAUUAAACAUCAAAAUAAGGCGUAUAAACGAUGGAGUUCCAGACGUUGAGGGAGUUUUUCGAAAUUUUAAAGCACAAAAGAGGUUUGCCGGAUAAAAUAAAGAUCGCCACGCAGUACAUGAGGGAGUUUCGCGAGUUGGCAAGCACGAAAUCGCACGACGAAGCGGUGGACUUCAUGUUUAAUAUUAUGCGCUUAGUUGUGCCAAAAUUGGAUAGACACAGGUCGACCUAUAACAUAAAAGAAGCGAGAAUGUCCAAAAUAAUAAUAAAAAUGCUUUCCCUUCCACCAGGGAAUGAAAGAACCAAACUAACCAGAGCAUAUCAGCAAUCUGGCCUCGGUGAAGAAUUUAGCGAUGUAGUGUAUUCAGUAAUAAGAAAAUACCUAAUGAGCAACAAACCAACGUUAACAGUACACGAAUUAAAUAAAUUUUUGGAUGAUAUGACACAAAGAGAUUCGGAUUCUGAAGCAGAUGAGAUUUUAUUAAAAUUAUUUAAAAAAUGCACCCCCGAAGAUGCAAAGUGGAUAAUAAAAAUAAUUUUAAGAGAUAUGAAGUUUGGCAUGGAUGCAGAUAGGUUAUUAAAGUGUUAUCACCCAGAUGGAGCAAACUUGUACACCAUAAACAACAAUUUGCGUAAAGUCUGUGAAAUGUUGUUUGAUCCCACAGUAAAGUUGAAUGAAAUAGAAGUUAACGUUUUUGAACCAUUUCGUCCUAUGUUAUCAAAAAGAGUGGACAAAAAAACGUUUAAGAAGGAUUUUGAAAAUGGCAAAGAGUUUGUUCUGGAAAAUAAGUUUGAUGGUGAAAGAUUUCAAUUGCAUAUGGAAAACAAUAGGUUUAUGUACUUUUCCAGAAAUGCAUUUAAUUUCACCAAUGUGUUUGGGGGAAGUUUCGAUAGUGGUAAUCUAACACCAAAAAUAAAAGGAUGUAUACAUGAAGAUAUUCAUAGAAUUAUUUUGGAUGGAGAACUUAUGCUGUAUCAUAAAUAUAGACAAGAAUAUGGUUCAAAAGGAAUGGCAUUGGACGUAAAAAAACUAAAUCCCGACGGCCCCUACCAACCAUGUUUCGUCAUCUACGACAUAGUGAUGGUCAACGACACAGUCAUAACAUCGAAACCUCUGAAAGAACGUUUGGAAAUUCUUGAAAACGCCAUCGUCCGCCAAAUACCGGGCGUGAUAGUACUUAGCGAGCACAAAAUAGUCCAAUCGCAAACCGAAAUAAUCAACUCGCUAAACGCUUCAAUGCAAAACGAAGAAGAAGGUAUAAUCAUUAAAAAUCCUGAUUCGGAAUACAAGUGCGGGCAGAGAGUGGGCGGUUGGUAUAAAAUGAAAAUGGAAUAUUUUGACGAUGUUAUGAGCGAUUUGGAUCUAAUUUUAAUGGGUGGCUCACAUUCUUCCACAGAUGCAGACAAGUUAAAUACAUAUUUCUUGGGAAUUAAAUCUGGCGAUAAUUACGUUAGCUUUGCUAAAGUUGCUGGCGGUAUAAAUAAUGAACAACGUGAAAUGUUAAAUAAGAAAAUUAAGGAGGAAGGUAUGCGAUUUCAGGAUUUUAACAACGCCGUAUACAUGUUUGGCAAGGAGAAACCUCAAUUUGUUAUAGAACCAGAUAAAACCAUGAUUUUUGUCGUCAAAGCAACAGAGUUAAUACGAACGAAUGAAGAUUUUAAAACUUCAUACACGUUAAGAUUUCCCAGGGUUUUAAGCAUAAGAACCGAUAAACCAGUUAAUGAAUGCAUGGAUAUGAAUGAAUUAAUAGACUUAUGUCAACAAAAUAAACCUGUUAUUAAACUUAAUAAACGCACCAUAGAUUUGGAGGAGGUUCUCACUGUAAAGCCCAGAAUUAACUCUAAACUACUGAAGGUGGUAAUGCCAACUAUAGAGGAUCUAGGAGAAAAACUAGAUAUACUAAAUAAUUAUACAGUGCAUGUGGUAAAUGGCACCAAAGAAGCAUCAAAAGAUAGCAUAGAAAAUAUUGUUACUCAUAUAGGCGGCAAGCUCAGAUACAUUGUGGACGAAAAAGUUGAUAUUGUCAUUGUUGGGGAGCCAAACAAGAAACUGGAAGAAAUUUUGGAAAAACCCGACAAAAAUUUUGAUGUGGUUUACGUAAAUUGGCUUUUAAGAGUUAAAGAAAACAAAGAAUUGCUUGGAUAUAAUCCUGACGAAGUUAUUUGUAUUGGUUUCAAUUUUAAAAAUGUUUUGUGUGAUAAUGUGGAUUAUACUGGUGACGGGUUUUAUGAGGAAACAACUUUAGAAUCUUUGGCACAUUGUUUAAAUAAAGUCAAAACCGUAAAAUCUGAUAUGAACCUAAAUUCACACCUGAAUGAUAUUGUAGGUAACAUGUUUAAGUUUAAAAAUUUUAAUGUUUACUUUGAUAAAUAUGAAGAAAUUAAUAAUAACAAUUCAAGAAAUAUAUUUGAUACAUUUCUUGAUGAAAUGGAACUGAAGUAUUAUAAGGGAAAAAUAAGUGAAACCAUUAAUUCUUCAGUGAAUCUUGUGAUUUGUUAUAAUGAAGAGAGACUAACCAAUGUAAAUAAUUAUUUAUCCUGUGAAAAUUACGACCAUGUUGUAGCCAAACUAUCAUCAUUUUUAUAUGAAAAAUAAACAAUAUACCCACCCCAUACAAAACACACUCUAAUAUACACAUGUGUACUCACCAAUAGUAUUUGUCCGUCAGAAU